AGCGAAUCGUUCUUUGAACCAUCAUCAACAUGACCACCUCACUCGAUUAUCUCAAGCAAACUGGUACUGUCGUUGUAUCGGACUCCGGUGACUUUGAAACCAUCGACGUCUACAAGCCACAGGAUGCCACUACGAAUCCCUCUCUCAUUCUCGCAGCUGCGAAUAAGACUGGUUACGCCCGUCUCAUCGAUUCGGCUGUCAAUAUUGCCAAAGAAGGUGGAGGGUCUCUUGACAAACAGGUCAAUGCUGCCAUGGACCGAUUGUUGAUCGAAUUUGGCAAGGAGAUCCUUGCCAUCAUUCCCGGUCGUGUCUCCACAGAGGUCGAUGCACGAUUGUCAUUCGACAAGGAAGCCACUAAAGCUAAGGCCAAGGAACUCAUUGCUCUCUACAGUUCCGUCGGAAUCAAGAAGGAGCGCGUAUUGAUCAAGAUUGCCUCGACCUGGGAGGGUAUUCAGGCCGCCCGUGAACUCGAGCGGGAUGAAGGCAUUCACUGUAACCUCACUCUCUUGUUCGGUUUCGGACAGGCAGUUGCUUGCGCUGAAGCAGGAGUCACUCUGAUCUCACCGUUCGUCGGCCGAAUUCUUGAUUGGCACAAGAAGAACACAGGCAAAAACUACGAGGGUGAUGAGGACCCUGGUGUCCAGUCUGUGAAGAGAAUCUUCAACUAUUACAAGCAGCAUGGCUACAAGACCAUCGUCAUGGGUGCUUCUUUCCGUAACGUCAGUAAAGAAAUAUAUGACUGUGCUAUUUUCUAAAUCCCGAUUUCGAGCAGGUUGGAGAGAUCAAGGCUCUCGCUGGUGUUGACUUCCUCACCAUCUCCCCAUCACUCCUUGAAGAACUGAAGAAGUCGAACGAACAGCUGCCUAAGAAACUCGAUGCUGCCGCAGCCGCAAAAGCCGAUCCCAUCGAAAAGGUCAGCUUCAUUGACAACGAGCCUGAAUUCCGCUGGGCUCUGUUGCAAGACCAGAUGGCGUUCGACAAGCUCCAUGAGGGCAUUAAAAAAUUCGCAGAGGAUGGUGAAACUCUGAAAAACCUCCUUCGCAAGAAGCUUUCUGCGUGAUCAUACUCUGGUGGAGCAUGGGAUUAGAUUUUGCUUAUUGUACCAUUUAGCUAUAGACGUUGUACAGGAGUUGCUACAAAGAUGAAAAUUAUGUACACGAGUGUAAUUCGAUGAUUAUUGUCUCCUUAAUUCGUGUUAUUGUUUGAAUGGCUCUCAUGCCAUUCGUCAC